AUGGAAUUUUUGUUUUCAGCUACGAGGUCAUGGAAACGAGACGCAAGAGAGUUACGAGCUGCACGAUUCAAGUGCGAGGGUGUCUGUCUUGUUGACUAUUCUAUACAGUCAUCUGCGCAUGUGGAUGUCGAUGUUGCAGCGCUCAAUCGGCAGCUACAGUGCCUUGACAGGCGACCUACUAAUUUCGUUUUUCUUGUUGGUCUUUCCGUUCGUUUUCACUACCAGGUCCAGUUCGAAGCUCUCAGAAUUGUCAAGCAAAGUGAAAUCUACACUCUGCGUCCUUCGAUCAGUGACCGCAUCUUGGAAACAGGCGGUUAUGCUGGGAUUACCUGGAUGACGAGCUUUGAUCGGACGCUCCAAGUGUCGGCAAUGUCUAUCUUUGCGUUAGCCAUCACGAAACGAGUCAUUGGCCAUUCCCUCUCACAGAAACAGUCCCCAACUAUCCUCGAAGCUGAGGAGCAUAUAGUCCAAAAGAAGCAGGUUAAGCUCUACAUACAGGCCUUGGAGUAA